AUGGCUAUCUCUUCCCUCCUUCGUCGAGGAGUGGAGGCUGCUGUGGACUACCAGUCCAAGCAGCCCUCCCAGAGCCAGCCAACCAUCCAUUUGGCGGGGUGGUUGUCGGCUUUCUUCAUCUUCACCGUCCUUGCUUUCAUUGCCAUUCUUCUUUCGGUCGAGUACACCUACGGGCAGCUGAUUCCUACCCUCGCUAUUGUGGAAGACACGAACCCUGAUAUCUACGUCCGCAUCGAUACCGACUUCGACCCGAACAAGCCCGCCGAUGCGACCGAGCCUGAGAUCGAGACCCGCUUGCAGCCCAUCACCAACAAGUUAUGCACUACCAUCCGUCAUCUUCGCGCCCGGGCCGGUCCCUGGUCCCGUUUCCGCGGGUUGAGCAUGUACUUGGCAUACGGCUUUGCUCAGUCGGCUGUAUACUCCCUGGUGCCCUUUUCUGCCGCCGCGUUCCUUCCUCAUUACAUUAUGUACGUUGUCAGCGGCGUUCUGGUGGCCAACCUCCAGCUCGCGUGGGUCCACAUUGUCAUCUCGGAGCCCUCCCCCAAGCGCUUCUACCAGCGCAUUGGGGGCUUCCAGACGUGGAAGCGGAUCGCUCCCGUUGCGGCCUUCGAGCAUGCCGUCACUGGCGCCGGCCUGUACGGUCCCCUUUUCCUCAUCGAUGCCUUUGGCGGCUUUGACGGACUUAAGGAUGUGAACUCCUUCACCCCUACCGAUCCUUCUUUCACCAAGGCUAUCUGGACCAUUUAUGGUCUCCUCCUUCUGCCCACCGUGGUGUCGUUUGUGGCUUCCAUUCCUGCGCGGGCCAUCUUCCUUCGCGUGGCUGCUUCCAUGCUUCCUGAAGAGGAUGAGGCUAUUGUGCCUUUCGACCGCUCCUACGGCGGCAAGGUGCAGCCUGCCAUCCUGGGUGGCAGUGGUAAGCUCGGCAUCUCCGAUGCUUGGAAGACCCUCGAUCGCCCUGCACUGACCCGUUUCGUGAAGUCGAUGUGCAAGGCUGUUGCUAUCGAGGCCGGCGUGGCCAUGUUCUUCACGAUGCUGCUCACCGGCCAGAUCCUCGCCGGAGCUGUGACUUACGGGUUUCCUGGAAACAACGCUUAA